AUGGCCUCCCUCGCCCCAUGCAUGGCUGUGGCCGCACCCAUCCGCAGCAGCUGCAUGGUCUGCGAGCGCAUGCGUUUUAGCAAUAAACGCUACAACAUCCACAAGGAUCACGCCAACCUGGUCACUAAAGGACCCAGCCGAGGCUGCGUGCUCUGCAACCAUUUCUUCUGCCCAGCCCACAAGUCCGACAACAAAGCCGCCCAAGCCAUGAUCGACGCCGGUCUGGAUAGCUGCAACUCAGGAUCGAGCAGCGAUAGCGACUGCGGAUCCAGCCCCAGCACGCCAGAACCACAUCCAGACACUACCCGCGAAGGGGGCCAGUACAGCACAUUUGAGGGAUAUGUGUCAGCGGCCGCGCCAAAGACAGCGGACGAGAAGACGAGACCAAGCAACGGAUAUGAUCCAGUGGUCUUCGUGCCCAUAGCUGAUAGGAUCCAGCCUCGCGAUCGGACACCGACAGAUCCCAAGACACUGAGGCCUUUCGCACUGCUGCCGGACUGGCGUACACGGUUUCCCGAGCCCGAGUCGAGCGGAGAAUUCGAGCAGAAGCGUGAGCCAGUGGGACGUUGGCCGAACCUCAGAUUCUCUAAUAGCUAUGGGUCUCGGCGCGAGUUGGGUCUGAUGUACGGAUAA